CCAAAAACCCUCUGUUUGUCCCUCUCUGCUGCUGCUUGGCCUGCUCUACCAUUUUGCUUAGCUACCUUAUCUUCUUCUUCCUCUUCGUCUUCCUCUAAAACCCAGAACAAUGCCAAACCAAGACUCACCAAAACCCACCGAGUCUCCACUCAAAGACCAAGAAAGCGACCAAAACCCCGACCCAGAUGAGGAAAAAGAGAAUCUCUCCUCAGACUCAGAGUCCGAGUACGACUCGGACGAGUCAUCCGAGUACGAAGGAGAAGGAGGUGGCGGUGGUGGUGAAGCUGACGACACACUCAACUAUAUCCGACCCGGCGAAGAACUACCCGAGUCCGAUAACACACCCGACGUGAACGUGAAGCUGUUCUCGCAGGUCCUCCAGGGCAAGAGGGUGAGGCGAAGGCAAGAGGAGGAGGACAAAAGCUACGUUUUUUACGAGGACCUCUUUGAUUUUCCGGAGGACCCGGAGGAUUGGAGAGAGGAGGACUUGAAGGAGCUAUGGGGGGAUGCUCCAUUGGAGAUGACCAAACCCGGCUGGGACCCGGUUUGGGCUGAUGAGGAGGAGUGGGACAUUGUCAGGGAGGAGAUUAAGGCCGGCAAAGACCCGCCCAUUGCUCCGUUUUACAUCCCCUACCGGAGGCCUUACCCAGCUAUACCGGAUGACCAUCAUGACAUUUCCAAUCCCAAAGCUGUGAUUGAAGAGUUGGAUAGGAUUGAGGAGUUUCUCAAAUGGGUUAGCUAUGUUUUCCCUGAUGGAAGCUCGUAUGAGGGCACUGUGUGGGAUGACUUGGCUCAUGGAAAAGGAGUUUAUGUUGCCGAACAGGGACUGGUCAGGUAUGAAGGUGAAUGGCUUCAAAAUAACAUGGAGGGUCAUGGGGUUGUUGAAGUCGAUGUACCUGAUAUAGAGCCUAUUCCGGGUUCCAAGCUUGAAGCAGAAAUGCGUGCUGAGGGGCACAUAAUAUCGAGAGAUUAUAUGACCCCAGAAGACAAGGAAUGGCUGGAGAUGGAUAUCGAAGACAGCAUUCGUCAAGCAGGGGGGCAAUAUGAAGUACCCUUUUAUGAAAGAGAUGACUGGAUCACACAAUUUGGGAGGAAACCGGAGAAAGGUCGAUAUCGUUAUGCUGGACAGUGGAAGCAUGCCAGAAUGCACGGAUGUGGUGUAUAUGAAGUCAACGAGCGCCCCAUCUAUGGUAGGUUCUAUUUUGGGGAGCUAUUGGAGGAUUCUACUGGUUGUGAUGAGGAUGUCUCAGCGCUGCAUGCUGGUAUUGCAGAAGUGGCUGCUGCUAAGGCUCGGAUGUUUGUGAACAAGCCUGAUGGAAUGGUCAGGGAAGAGAGGGGCCCGUAUGGUGAUCCUCAACAUCCUUAUUUCUAUGAAGACGAAGAUGUUUGGAUGGCACCAGGCUUCAUAAACCAGUUUUAUGAAGUCCCUGAUUAUUGGAAAACUUAUGUGCAUGAGGUCGAUGAAGAAAGGGAAAUGUGGUUGAACUCCUUCUAUAAAGCUCCAUUGAGGAUACCUAUGCCUGCUGAGCUUGAAUACUGGUGGUCAAAGGAUGAGACUCCUGAAUUUGUUCUAGUCAACAAGGAACCAGAGCCUGAUCCUGCCGACCCAUCAAAGCUUGUAUAUACUGAAGAUCCCCUAAUCCUACACACACGAACUGGACGGUUAAUCAACUAUAUCUAUGAUGAAAAGUAUGGGGUUCGCUUAUUUUGGCAGCCGCCUCUGAAAGAAGGGGAAGAUGUCGACCCAAAGAAGGCGCAGUUCCUACCACUUGGUUUUGAUGAGUUCUAUGGAAAAAAUAUUGGUGUGAAGAAACAAAACUUUUGGAUGCGUCUUGUAUCAGGCGUGGAAAAUGCAUGCAAGCCUGUUUUGGAUAAAGUAGAGAAAUGGACUGAAGAGAAGAGGAAAGCUAGUGAGAUGAAGAUGAAGCUGAUUGAAAAAGAACUUGAACUUAUAGAGGCUGAGCUGCGACUGGAAGAGGUCAUUGAGGAUAUGGAUGAGGAGUUGAAGAGGAGAGAGAAAGAGGAGGAGAAGGUGGAAAUGGGUUUGCAGAAGGAAGAAGAUACUUCUGCAUUGGCUAACCAAGAUGAGAAACCCUUAGUUGAAGAGGAUGAAGAGGAGGAGGAAGAAGAAGAUGAGGAUGAUGUUGCACCAUCAAGUUUUGGGUCUGUAACGGCAGAUCAGGAUGCUACUAAAAAUGGUCAGAAGGGAAACAAACCUGGGAAAUCUCCAUUUUCUACAUCUUCAUUGGCAUUUGCUUCAAGUAGCUUCGUCUCUGGAGUUCCAUCCAGGCUACAGCAAUCGUUUUUGUCAUGGAAAGAUAGUAGACCAAUGCCAAAGGCAGCUAUUUCCUCAUGUAGUGAAGCCUCUAGUUCCCUCUUGAAAGCAGUUGAUUCAGUCAUUUUCCCUCCAGUGGUUGGCCCAAAAGUAAACUUGAAAGCCACAAGACAACGACACUUUAACUUCCAAGCCAAAACCUCCUCAAAUGGGAGGCUAUGUCGGCUGAGGCCCAUAUCUCAAAUAUGCUCACCUCAUUCAGCUUCUAUGAAUACCAGAAUAAGCCCAAAAGAGUCGAGAUCAAGAAACCAUAGGUGGCCGCAUGCAGCACCAGAGAGGGAAUCAGACAGUAUUCUGUCUUUCCACACCCCAGUGAAUUAUUUUGAACCACAUGAAGAAACUAUACAUGGUGAGCCGCUCUCUCCCUUGUUAACAUAAUACUUGGUACUCUAAGACGUUGAAAGACGGUCAAUUUUGUAAGCGCCACAUUCUUUUUCUAGCUAAAUUUUAUAAGUAUACUCGACGCUCUCCCUCCAAACCCCAAAAAAAAGAAAAAGAAAAAAGAGGAAAUGAAGAUAAAGAUGCUUUGAGUUCAAAUGUCUUGUACGCGUCGUGAAGAGGGCAAGAGUGUAUGUGUAGUGACAUUUUCAUUGUUAUUGUAUUUUGUAAUUCUUAAUUUUAUUGUAUCUGAAUCUCAUUUGGAUGAAUAAGGAUAUUGGAGGAAGGUUAAUGUAACUCUUAUUUCUAU